AUGGCUGUCAUGGGUAACUCUUCCGCCUUCAUCAUCACCACAAACACCCUCCACUUACCAAAGCUUCAAUUCCUUCUCCUUCUCUUCUUUCUGUUAACCCCUUCUGCAACUCCAUUAAACUUCAGUUUCUCCAGCUUCAACGGCAAUAACUUAGCCACCAUAACUAAAGAAGGCGACGCUUUUUUCGACACCAAAAUCCUCGGCCUCACCGACAGCAGCACAGAUGGCGAAAAUAGCAUGGGCCGAGCCACCUAUCGCCAACCCUUCCUCCACCGAGAAAACGCCACCGGGAAACUCGCUGACUUCACCACCAGUUUCAACUUUGCCAUCGACUCCAACAACAACUCCAAGUACGGCGACGGUCUCGUUUUCUUUGUAGCCCCAAAUGAUUCCUCGCUCAACAACGUACUAGGCAGUGGUAGCAGCCUCGGCCUCCCUGUCGAUUCCAAAACUCCAAACGUUGUUGGUCCGAGGAAUCAGUACCCUUUCGUGGCAGUGGAGUUUGAUAUUUACCAGAAUACACAUGAAAUCGUCGACGACCCUGCGCACGAACAUGUAGGUAUCAACGUCAACUCUCUCAAGUCUAUUAUAACCAAGAAUUGGACAGCAGGAAUUUUGAACGGUACAAAAAAUAGUGCUACUGUUAGUUAUAACUCCACCACAAAGAACCUCAGUAUUGCCUUCACUACUUUUGUGGAUGGUGUCCAAGUGAUUCAUUAUCUUGAUUACAUGGUGAAUUUGAAAGACUACUUGCCAGAUUGGGUCGUUGUUGGGUUCUCCGCUUCAACUGGAAACUAUGUUGCUCUGUUUAAGAUCUUCUCAUGGAAUUUCAAUUCAACUUCACUAGUUGAUUGCCAUGAGGUCGACGUUGCAACCAAGUCAGGAAAUGAUAACAGGAUUGGACUAAUAAUUGGGAAGAGGGAUGCAGGCGAAAGUAGUGAUGAAAAUCCUAUGGUAAAUGAAUUGAUUGAUGAAGAAUUCGAAAAGAGGGUUGGCCCGAGGAAGUUUUUGUAUAGUGAAUUGGCUCACGCCACGAGUAAUUUUGGGGUGGGAGAAAAUCUUGGAGAGGGAGGGUUUGGUGGGGUUUAUAAAGGGUUUUUACAGGACUUGAAGUCAUUUGUUGCUGUGAAGAGGAUAUCUAUGGAGUCUAAACAGGGACUCAAGGAGUAUGCUUCGGAAGUAAAGAUAAUCAGUCAACUUAGGCAUCGAAAUCUUGUGAAACUUAUUGGUUGGUGUCAUGAAAGAAAGUUCAUACUUGUAUACGAGUUCAUGCCCAAUGGCAGCUUAGAUGCUCAUUUGUUCAAAGAACAAAGCUUUCUAACUUGGGAUGCAAGAUACAAAAUUGCUCUAGGCUUGGCUUCUGGGUUGCUCUAUCUACACGAAGGAUGGGAACAAUGCGUGCUACAUAGGGAUAUUAAAUCGAGUAAUGUUAUGUUGGAUUCGAAUUUCAACGCAAAACUUGGGGAUUUUGGUUUAGCUAGGCUCGUUGACCAUGGACAAGAGCCGGAAACAACAGCACUGGCUGGAACCAUGGGCUACAUGGCUCCGGAUUAUCUCAACACCGGAAAGGCUAGCAAAGAAUCAGAUGUCUACAGCUUGGGAGUUGUUGCUUUGGAAAUAGCAUGCGGGAGAAAGGCCAUCGAUCCAAAGUUUGGAACUUGUAAAAUAAAUAUGGUGGAGUGGAUUUGGGAGCUUCAUGGAGAAGGGAGAGCCAUUGAAGCAGUUGACCCAAAACUAUGUGGAGAUUUUGAUGAGGAACAAAUGGAGUGCCUGAUCAUUGUUGGGUUGUGGUGUGCUCACCCAGAUUACAAUAUGAGGCCUUCAAUACAACAAGCAAUUCAAAUGCUUAACUUCGAGAUUCCCUUGCCUCCUCUCCCAUCAAAGAUGCCGGCGGCCACCUAUUUUACUGCUCCGAAAUCGCUCUCUAUGUUGUCCAGGGAUACUAGUGGUUCUCAAGGAGGCCAAACUGGCUAUGGCCACAACACUUAUUGUCAAAAUGUGGCAUUUCUAUUCUAUGAGAAAAUACAUCUAAAUGUUGAGGGAUGUCAAAGAUGUAGAUGGCUUCUCCCUCUUUCCUUGUGCUUCACCAAAUGA